ACAGGGGGAUGGGGCGGCGGUGACGCGAUUCUGUCCGCGUUGGAGGGGUCGGGCUGUCUCUGGAGUCGCUGCGGCCGCCGCGUGACGUGGCACAGCCGGACUUUUAACGCCAGAGCCGGAGCUGUCGCGCCAGUCGCCGAGCAGGUCCGCGCCCCGUUAAUUCCUUUCCUGGUUUCGGAGCUUCGUCCGACCCGUCGGCAGGCGAGCCAUCCCUGCGGGUCCCUUUCUUCUUCAGCUCUUUCUCUUCCCCCCCUCGCUCAGUUUGCUGGGAGCGUAAAAGGAGAAGGCCCGGGGACGCCGCAAGCCCCUCUGCUCCUGACCAUCCCGAGUGCCACCGCCGCUAUGGGCCUCACCAUCUCCUCUCUGUUCUCUCGGCUCUUCGGCAAGAAGCAGAUGCGUAUUUUGAUGGUUGGAUUGGAUGCUGCUGGCAAGACAACCAUUCUAUAUAAACUGAAGUUAGGGGAGAUAGUCACCACCAUUCCUACCAUUGGUUUUAAUGUGGAAACAGUAGAAUAUAAGAACAUUUGUUUCACAGUAUGGGAUGUUGGUGGUCAAGAUAAAAUUAGGCCUCUCUGGAGGCAUUACUUCCAAAAUACCCAAGGUCUUAUUUUUGUGGUAGAUAGCAAUGAUCGUGAAAGAAUUCAAGAAGGUGCAGAAGAGCUGCAGAAAAUGCUUCAGGAAGAUGAGUUGCGAGAUGCAGUGCUGCUGCUCUUUGCAAACAAACAGGAUUUACCAAAUGCUAUGGCCAUCAGUGAAAUGACAGAUAAAUUAGGUCUUCAGUCCCUUCGGAACAGAACAUGGUAUGUUCAAGCCACUUGUGCUACACAGGGAACUGGUCUGUAUGAGGGACUUGACUGGCUGUCAAAUGAGCUUUCAAAACGUUAAAUGAAACUGGAUAUUUCACCAAGGACAUGUUUGAUAGAAUUGAUCUAGGCUUGUUACAACAAAGUUAGUUUGCAUCUUGGUUAUUAAACAGUAAUCUGGGACUGGUUUGGGCAGAAUAUUAUGGCAUUUAAAACUUAUUUUGUUGCCAAUUAUCGUUUACCAAGUGUAAAGUUGCUAUUUAGCAGUAUGCUUGGUUUUAAAGAAAUUCUCCUACUCUUGGGAAAAAAGUCCUCUUUUAAUUCUACUUCCCUUAAGCCUAAAUGCCUGGACAGAGCUGUUUGUGACACCUUUAAAUCCAUUUUGAAUGUUUUUUGAGCCCACAAGAAAUGAUGUUUUAAAGUAACCCCAUGCUACUUUAUUGAUACCUUUAUCAUUCCUGGGACCGUCUGCUGAUAUAAAAAUGUAGCAUUCCAUUUGUAUUUAUUUCUCUCCCUUGCCAAAAAGAUUUUUUAAUACUGCUUGUGCCAGCCAGGGAAAUGCUCCAAAACACUAUUCAGAUCUCUUGCACUGAGGAACUUUUUUUUUUUUCUCCCAUUAUUGACUUCUGGCUUCCAUCAAACAAACUUACCUUGGUGUGGUUUGGAAUUGAUAGCUAAUUAGUUCUGUGCUGAUUGCAAACAAUUCAUAUUGAGAUGGUUCUAAAUACUCAGCAGAUUGUCUUCCUUUAUAUUAUAUCUUUUUUAUGUUGCAUGUUGCUUUUGGUAUCAGCCUGAGUCUUUGCCCAGUAUAUGAUAGUUCUGCUGAUGUUUUGUUGUUUAUUGGUGAACAUACCUUCAUUAAGAGUUUUUGGGGAACUCUGCAAACUCAAUGAAUAAGUUUCUUCAUAACCCAUUUGGAAUUAUUCCUAAUAAAAUGAUAAAAUAUGUAA